AUGAAUGCAACCAAUAUAACAAUACCAGGACAGACCAGAUUUCCAUUACCACUCUCUAUCACACUAUGUGCCCUGGGGACAAUAGUCACCUUUGAGAACUCUGUGAUUGUAGCUGCAUCAAUAAGGAGCCCCAGACUGAGACAGAAUAUCCACCACAACCUCGUGUUGGCGUUGUCUGUUGGUGAUCUUCUGCUGGGGGUGAGUGCUGUUUCUACAGGUGCUCGUCUUGCUCUACCAUGGUUGUCGGGGAUCCUACCACUCUGCAUCGUUAAUGUUUUUCUACAAGUUACAGGAAUAGCUAUGUCCCAUUUCCAAACAUUUUAUAUAAGCUUUAAUCGCUUCUUAGUGAUUACAGAAAAUCGCCUGAACAUGGUCUUGUUUAAUGGUCAUCGAAAGUAUAUACUGUAUGCAGUUAGCUGGACGGGGGUGAUGACGUUUAUUGGAUCCAUUAUGGCACCAGUAAAGCUAGCAAACAGGAAAGUGUGCAAUGUGAAGAUAGUCUACGGUAACAACUAUAAUUUAUUUAGGCCAAUUUUUCUCUCUUUCAAUGCUCUUUUGUUGGGCCUCAUCAUCGUGUUCUACAUAUUGACAUUACUUGGGGUACGUCGUCGAUACAGGAAGACAGCUCCAACCAUUCCUACUGAAAGCACUUCACAAGAUCGCUCUGUGUCUGUAGUGGUAAAUCAAAGAGACAAAAUGGAAAAAUUGAGGACCAAGAGAUUUGUACACUCCAUGAAACUUGUCAGCAUCAUUUUAGGUGCCUUAAUGAUCUUUUCAGGUCCUAUAGUGUUCGUCAACUUGUCCAGAGAACGGCCACACACCAUUAUAAUCAGCACACUGUGUGCUACUACCUUCAAUUCCUUAAUCAACCCAAUCAUUUACAGCUGGCAGAUUUCAGAACUGAGACAGGAAAUUCGAAAGAUGUUCCGGUUAGCUUAA